CCAAAUUUCCACAGUUUUUACACUACAUAGACAAAAAUUUACCAAAACGUGCAGAUUGUUCCCGAUCGGAUUGCUAUUACUUUGUGGAACGUUUCGCCGAAUGGUUCACGGAAUAUCGUCGUUCUUGUGGCGAAAUUUGGCCCAUAGGAAUGAAUGGAAAAGCUAGAGUGCGAGCUGUCAAAAUCAGGACAUGA